AAGACGGAGCAGAUUUUGUCACAAACAGCAUAGAAUGAGUGUGGUAGAUACCAAAGACCUAGAGAAACAAACGGACGAGCCUGAAGCGGGGGAAGAGAAGCAAGGGUCCUCGGACGAUGCCAGCUCCAGUGACUAUAUGGUGAUCUCUGACGACGAUCCCAAAUAUACGCGGUUUUCCCCCCGAAGAAAGUCUCUUUUUGUGUUUAUCAUCUCAUUAGCAGUGUUUCUUGCACCGCUGUCGACGGUAGCAUUCUUGCCGGCCAUUCUGAACAUUGCCGAGGAGUUCGGCACCACGCAAACCAUUAUCAAUAUCUCAAAUGCCUGUUAUUGUGUGAUGAUGGCCAUUUCGCCCUGUGUCACCAGUCCUUUGGGAGACAUUUAUGGCCGUAGAAUCAUGUUUUUGAUUUGCUGUUUCGGGUUCACGGUGCUGACAAUUCUCGUGGCGGUUUCCCAGAACUUGGCCAUGUUCAUUGUGUUCAGACUCUGUUCGGCCUUCUUUGGAGUGGCUUUUUUCCCGUUGGGUGGAAGUAUUGUAUCUGACAUCUACAUACCCAAGGAAAGAGGAAAUGCCAUGGGAUGGACGUUGUCCGGGUCGCAGCUUGGUCCGGCAUUUGCUCCAUGUAUUGGUGGGGUCAUCAUCACCUAUACGACGUGGAGGGUGAUUUUCUGGGUUCUUGCCGGAGUUGGUGGAGUUGCCUUGGGCACUGCGUUUGUGUUUUUAAAGGAAACUGCCACCGUGAAGAAGUGUGAGGUGUACAAAAAGGAGCAUCCGGGGAAGAACCAGAUAGGCCGCUUUGUAUGGGUUCCUUACAACCCGUUCCAGGUGGUGCGUGCUUUCAAAUAUCCUAACUUGAUUCUUGGAGGCUACAUGAGCAUGACGCUUCUUUACAAUAUGUACGGAUUACUUACUCCUAUUCGUAACGUCAUUGACCCUCGGUUCAACCUCACGACACCCGUGUACGGCUCAUUGUUCUAUUUGGCUCCGGGGAUGGGAUAUCUUAUCGGGUCGCUUGUGGGAGGUAAAUGGGCUGACUACUACGUUCGUAAGUUCGAGAAGAUGAGAGGUGAAAGGAUUCCAGAAGAUAGGCUCCGGUCCACCUAUGUGUCAUUUGGGUUUGUGUUGCCUGUCAGUGUGCUUAUCUUCGGAUGGCUGAUUGACAAAGAGGUGGGAGGAAUGGCUCUUCCAAUUAUCACGCUUUUCUUCAAUGGAGUGGCCCAGACCUUUUGUUUCCCUAGUAUCAAUGCGUACUGUGUGGACUGUUUGCCUCAUCUAGGUGGAGAUGCCAUUGCCAGCAACUACUUUGCUCGGUACAUUGCCGGGGCCGUGGGUAGUGCCACUUGUCUUAUGCAAAUUAACACCAUUGGAGUGGGAUGGACCAACACCAUUUCGUCGUUUUUAUUGUUUUCAGGAUUCUGUUGCACUUUGGUGUUGAUUCGGUUUGGGGGGAAGAUGAGGGAGAAUGUUACAAAGAAUAUGAAAAGUUAGAGUUAUAGACAUCUUUAAUAGACAAAGUAGACAAGGAA